AUGUUGUACGUACGCAACACAGCCGCUGCCGCCGCCGCAGCAUGUGCACUACUCCCGCAGACACUGGCCCAAGCGGAAGGACCCUAUGAGCCAACCUGGGAUUCGACAGACAAGCACAAUGCCGCCCCUGAGUGGUUCCGAGAUGCCAAGUUCGGCGUCUACUGGCACUGGGGCGCCUUCACAACUCCCCAAUACGGUUCAGAGUGGUAUGGGCGCAACAUGUACAUAGCCGAUUCCAACGAGCACGACCACCACACCAGAACCUACGGUCCGCCCGAGGAAUGGGGCUAUGACAGGUUCAUCACUGGAGGCAAGGAUCUACAGGGCAAUGACGUCCAGUUCAAGUCCGUCCUCGCUUCCGAAGGCGGCGAGUUCGACCCAGCCACGUGGAUGCGGGUCAUCAAGGCCUCGGGCGCACGCUUUGCAGGGCCUGUGGCCGAGCACCACGAUGGCUUCUCCAUGUGGGACAGUGAGGUCAAUGAGUGGAAUUCGGUUGACCUUGGCCCCAAGAUUGAUCUGGUCAAGCUGUUUGCCGACUUGGUGCGCGAGAACGACAUGAAGCUGGUGAUUGCCAUGCACCAGGCCUUCAACGUCAACGGCUUUUUCGCGCACGCGCCCCAACAGGACGAUCCUAGCCUACGCAGGCUGCUGGGCCAGGUGUCCCGCGAGGAGGGCGACAAGAGGUGGCUCGAGAAGCAGCUCGAGGUGCUGGAUCAUGUCCAGCCGGACAUGAUCUGGAACGACUUUGCACUCGACAGCCCGGGGUACUGCCAGGGCGACAGCGACCACUGCUCCAUUGGUGAGGACGAGCGUCUGACAUUUCUUGCCCACUACUUCAACCGCGGCGUCGAAUGGGACAAGGACGUCCUGACCACCUACAAGCACUUUGACGAUGGGUUCCACGACACUUCCGCUGUCGCGGACUGGGAGCGCGGUGGUCCCGCCGAGCUCACGCGCCCGUACUGGCAGACGGACGAGGCCAUCAGCGCGACCAGCUGGAGCUACACCGAGGGUAUCUCCUAUUACAGCAUCCAAUCCAUGCUCCACUCGCUGCUGGAUCGCGUCAGUAAGAACGGCAACAUGCUGCUCAACAUCUCGCCCACCGCUGUAGGUGUUAUUCCCCAGGAGCAGGAGGACGUCCUGCGCGCCAUUGGCGACUACCUCGGGCGCUAUGGCGAGUCUGUGUACGGCACACGAGCCUGGGACAUCUACGGCGAGGGCCCCAACAGGGCGGGUGGUGGUUCUUUCACAGCACCCCUCGUCGGUAACAGCAGCGACAUCCGCUUCACGCGUAACAAAGAGGAUAGCGUGCUGUACGCAGCCGUUCUAGGCUGGCCAGAGGACAGAAAGGUUUUGAUUCAAAACCUCGGCUCCGAUGCUCUCGUCAGCCUCGAAAGUUUGCAAUCCGUGCAGCUUCUUGGCGACGAAGCCGGUCAGUACGCGAGUGCCGAGUGGGAGCAGACCAACGAGGCGCUCGACAUCACCCUCCCCGCGCAGCCUGCCGAGUCGUGGGCCUAUGUACUCAAGUUGACGUUUGAACAACGCAUCCCGGUGCCUCAGCCGAAGGCGGGCGCGUCCAUCUUUUCGGCGAGCGAGGCGCAGGGCGACGGUGUCACGCUUGGCUUGGGCGAUUUCAAGCGUAUCUUUAUGACCGAGGCUGGUCUGGCGCCCAAGAAGAUUCGCUCCAUUCGCGUCUCGCCCGGCUCCAAGGCGACCCUCUUUGCGAACGGGGACCUUACGGGCGCGAGCACGGAGUUGGGCUCUGGUGAGCACAAGGUGGAGGCGUGCUCAGUGGGCUCUAUCAGAAUUGAGAGUGCUUGA